AUGAGCAUAAGCAGCAGCACGUACGAGGAAGAUCGUACUGCACCCACCGUGAUUGCUGACCACUAUGUCGUGGAACAGGAAAUCGGAAAGGGGUCGUUCGCCACCGUCUACAAGGGCCGUUUGGCGUCUAAGGGUGCGGAUAGCACGGAUUUCGUGGCGAUAAAGGCCGUUUCCCGUUCGAAACUAAAAAACAAGAAGCUUUUGGAGAAUCUGGAGAUCGAGAUCGCAAUUCUAAAGAAAAUUAAGCACCCGCACAUCGUGGGGCUCAUGGACUGCGAGCGUACCGGCGCAGACUUUUUCCUCAUCAUGGAGUACUGUGCAUUGGGCGAUCUCACAUUUCUCAUCAAGAAGCGUAAGGCUCUCAUGGAAAAGCACCCCUUGGUGCGAACAAUGUUCGAGAAGUACCCUCCGCCCAGCGAAUCUCACAAUGGCCUAAACCGGGUCCUCGUGGUUAACUAUCUGCAACAACUGUCGUCCGCGCUCACAUUUCUUAGGUCAAAAAACCUUGUUCACAGAGACAUCAAGCCUCAAAACCUGUUGAUUUCAACGCCACUGGUAAACUACCAUGACCCUGAAACGUUCCACAAAUUGGGAUUCGUUGGCAUCUACAAUCUGCCGAUCUUGAAGAUUGCUGAUUUCGGGUUUGCCAGAUUUUUGCCCAAUACAUCGCUCGCUGAAACGUUAUGCGGCUCCCCCCUUUACAUGGCUCCCGAGAUUCUGAAUUACCAGAAGUACAAUGCUAAAGCUGAUUUAUGGUCUGUGGGUACAGUUCUUUACGAAAUGUGCUGCGGCAGGCCCCCUUUCAAGGCAUCGAACCAUCUUGAGUUAUUCAAAAAAAUCAAAAAGGCCAACGAUGUCAUCUCCUUCCCUUCAUACUGCAAACUGGAGCCGGAAAUGUGUGAACUCAUCUGCGGGCUUCUAACAUUCGACCCUGCUCAAAGAAUGGGAUUCAGUGAGUUUUUCAGCCAUGAAAUUGUCAAUGAAGACCUAUCUAGGUAUGAACAAGAAGUGAUUCCGGACCUCGAGGACAAGUCAAAGGAUGUUGCUGGAAGUAACAUGUUUAUUUCUGAGUACCUGACCAAACCCACCGAAAGGCCAAAGGCGAUGACGCCACUCGACGAAGAAGUAACAUCUUCACUUAGUUACUCUCACACGGAAGCUUCUCAUUCAAAGCCUCUCGUAAAUAUUACUCUGAGCAAAAAUGAAGACCCGAUUUCAAGCAUCAUGGAAAAGUCGCACAACCACCCAGAAACUUCUAUUGAAAAAGAAUAUGUCAUGGUGGAAAAGAAGAGUGUCGAGGUAAACGCAUUGGCUGAUGAAUUUGCAAAUUUAGGAACCCGUGAGGGUGUUGACUAUGAAAAGCAUUCUGCGCCAUCAAAACACAUACAACAGCACCCGCAUAUUCCUCAGUCCACCUCAAUGAGAAAGACCUCCUCUGGUAGUAGUAAUACUGCGAGAAGACCUUCUUUGGUUGAAAGGCGUUUGUCAAUAUCUUCACUAAGCCCCUCGAAUGCGCUGACAAAGGCCUUAGGGAUCGCAUCCACUCGUCUUUUUGGCACACAGCAAUCCCAUGGGCAUUCGGCUCCUUCGAAUCAGAGCACACAACCACUCCUCACACGUCAAGCAUUUCAUGACCUAACGGAGAAUAUAAUAUUAUCCGCGGAUCAUCAAAUGAAUUAUUCAAGGUACCACGAAAAUCACUCUGAUUCAGACAUGAUAGCUUUGCUUGAAUCGUUGGCUGCUAAAGCGUUCGUAAUAUUUUCUUUCGCGGAGGUAAAGUUCUCACAAAUUGUCCCACUUCCACCCUCAUCACUCGGCGAGUCUUUCAGCAAAAGACUGAGCAGCGGUAGUUGUGCCAUAGAAGAAGAAGAUGAGCAUGGCGAUAGUGGAAUUGGGAAAAUGUCAAUCAAAAGAUCAACCUCCGGAUCUGAAGCAAGUGGUGAGACGUGGAGAAAGCGAAAUUCAAGCCAAAACUCUAAUGGCGAAGGGAUAUCAAAUGAUUUAUUGUUGGGGGAGGUUCAGCAAUUAUGCACCGAGGCCAUGCUGUUGUACAUGAAAGCUCUUUCGACUCUAGCAAAAGCGAUGCAAGCAACUUCGAACUGGUGGUAUCAGUCUCAAGAGAAAAGCUGCUCGUUGAGGCUCAAUGUUCUGGUACAGUGGCUUCGUGACAAGUUUAACGAAUGUCUAGAGAGAGCAGAGUUGCUCAGAUUGAAGUUGAUCUCUACUGCUUCGUGCUUGGCGGAUGACUCUACCAUUGAUGCUUCAAAGCUCAACGGAAAACGGGUCGAACUUACCAAAGUAAGCGAAGCAGAUAGCGAACCAGUCUUUUUGGAAAAGCUAAUCUAUGAUAGAGCGCUUGAAAUUUCCAAAACAGCGGCCAAAUUCGAAAUGCAGGGAGAAUUCCUAAACAACUGCGAAAUAGCCUACGCCACAUCCCUUUGGAUGCUGGAGUCAGUGCUGGAUAAGGACGUUGUUGACGAUAGCAUUGGUGAUUUCAGCUUCCAUACUACAGAUGCUCUCGACGAGGGAGACAUAUUAAUGAUCAAGAAAUACAUCGAUAGUAUCGCAAACAGGCUGAAGAUACUUCGCAAGAAGAUGAAGCCCGCCUAA